CUUUGCGAGAGUACAUACAUAUAUUCGCUAUAUAGCUCGCGACCACUCGAGCUGAGUUGGUGCUGUUAACCAUAUAUCCAUUUUGUCAAUUCUCCGCCAUGUCAAAUCUUUUUGCUAGACACUUCUCGGCACAGUCUCCGACCAAGCUGCACUUAGCACGAGCAAAUCUACGUUGUCAUGUGCAUUCCAAACUCCAGGUUUCGUCAUUCGCAACGACUUGGUGCAAUACAUUGGCACAAGCAAACCCGUCCAGCCCUGGACAAGGCAGCACAAACCAGCCAAAGUUCAGCCUAGAGGAUUUGGGCGCAACGAGAGGCACAAAAUACUUUCUCAUCGCUGCGCUCUCGGUCGUUGGAACUGCAGAAACGUAUACGUAUGCACGCUGGAUUCAUGGUUGGUGGACGAAUAGAGGCGUGGUGGAAGAGGGUGGUGAUGAUGAAGCAGAGGGAACGCCGUGGUGGGAGUCAAGAGACGCUUUGCGCAAGGACUGAGUUGCAUCACUCUCACUCGCACCGUUUGGUCCAGAAGACAUACUCUCUUGCAUAGCCCUAUGUGGU